UACUUGUUAAAGUGUUAAGAUUAAUGAUUGUUUAGUAAUAAGAUCCUGUGCUAGAUGUCGCUGUACCAGCCACAAACUGGCGCUUACAAGGUAUAUCCCUGCCCUAAUCGUUCGCUAGAUGUCGCUGUUCCCCCGGCAAACUAGCUAACGACCUGUUAUCGAAAAAUGUACCAGCAUGCUUAAUAUUAUUUUUAAUGUUCUAAUUUAUCGCUAGAUGUCGUUGUACCGGUUACAAACUAGAUAACGACAUUACUUUGUUAAUUAGAUAUAAUAAGAUUGUACUUUUAAUAGAUGUCUUCUUUUUAUGGCAAAUAAAUUGUGUUGAAAAAUUGCAUUUGCGUUUUCGUUGAAUGUGAACAACACGGAAGAUUAACAUGGUCCUACGAAUCGGACAGUUUGGCGCUAGUUGCGACUAAAUUAAAGUCAGUGCGUGGAGCCAUUCUUCGCUUCGUUCCCAUAGUAGCAGUGGAUCGCUGUUCAGAGGGAUACGACGAAGACGAGAACUAGUGCAGUGAAGCAGCGUGCAGUGGCGCCAUCUAGCGGUGUCCAGGCUGAGUCACAGGCGGUGCGGCAAGGACGCAUUCGUCAGGAGAGGUCAUCGAGGAAGGAGCUCCUACGUCACAGUGUUGUUUAUGUUCAGUUGAGUGAUGUAAAGUGAAAACUAUGGAUACUCUUAGAUUAUCAUAAUAUUAUGCAAAAUUGAACCUUAAUUCAGUGAAGAUUAAAACUUAGAGAAAAAAGAAGAGUGUCAAGCUAAUUUCAACUUUAACAUCUAGUGAAUUUGGGACUUUAACUAUUUCUUGAUAAUUUAUUUGGACUUAGAAAAUUUACUAACUUUAACUUAAGGACUUAGAAUAGUUACAGUAAAAACGGAGGUACGGGGAAUCCAUGCCCGAUUUUAUACAGAGUCCUAAACACUUGUAAAAUUUAGAUAGGUUGAAUUGAACUUAGAGUUGUUUGUAUGGGUUUAAACACUUGUAAAAUUUGCGGAUUUUAAAUUGUACUUAGAACGUCUAUGUUAUUAGGUAUAUUGGUGGCGUUUUGUUUGCAAGUUCUGAGAAUUGCUAUAUUUAAAAAUUGUAAGUUAAGUUAAACAUUUGGUGUUUGCUAUGGAGUCAUUAAUCUCUUAUCAGGAGGAAAUCUCAGACCGUAUUUCUAAGGCAAAGGUUAAUUUCAAAAAGUCACCAAAGGAUCGGAUUACAAAAAUUUAUGUGGAAGGAAGAUUAGAACUGUUAGAACAAUUGUGGUCAGAAUUUAGAGUUGGGCAUAAAGAACUAUCACAAACAAUAGACAAAACGUUGUUAAAAUCUCAAGACUACAUUAAGAAGGAUGUUUAUGAUACAACCGAAGAGAUUUAUAUGGAAUAUAGGUGUGAGUUAAAACUUGUUUUGGCUAAACUUCAGCCAGAAACCAUAAUUAAAUCAAGUGAACUUAGUGUUGUGAAUAAUGACCAAAGUCAUAUUCGUCUACCAAAGAUUAGUAUACCAAACUUCUCAGGCAAGUACACCGAGUGGAUAACAUUUAGAGAUCUCUUUGUAUCCUUAAUCCACAACAAUAGAGCACUAGAUAACGUUCAAAAGUUGCAUUAUCUCAAGGGGUACUUGACCGGGGAGGCAGAACAAAUAAUUAGGUUUACACCGACAACAGAAGCAAAUUACACGACGUGCUGGAAGCUAUUGGAAGAGCGAUAUAGUAAUAAAAAGUACCUUUCAUAUAACAUUUUGAAACGUUUAUUAAACCAACGUACCGCUAGUACGGAAUCGGCUAAUCACUUAAAAGAACUGUUGGAUACGUCUUCCGAUUGCUUGAGCGCGUUGACUAAUUUAGGGAUUGAUGUAUCUACUUGGGAUAUUAUUGUUAUAUAUUUAUUAUCGUCAAAAUUGGACCCAGAAUCUCGUAAGCAAUGGGAAUUAAGUGUCACGUCGAAUUUAAACCCUAAUGAUUUGCCCACAUUCACACAAUUCAAAGAUUUUUUGGCUAGUAGGUAUCGAGCUUUAGAGUUUCUUGAGCCUGGAAGUAAAGGGAAAAACAUGUAUGUCAAGCCAUCAACUUCGAAUACGAUCAGCUCGAAAACGUUUUAUACUAACGAUUCUGUAAAUUUAGUGUGUGAAUUCUGCAGUGAGAAUCAUAAAUUAUGUUUCUGUAAGAAAUUUGCUGCAGAAGAUUAUGAAAAAAGACACGAAUUCGUAGCAAACAAUCGUAUAUGCUAUAAUUGUUUAGGGGCCAAUCAUUCUGUACGGUUCUGCCAAAAUACCAUGAAUUGUCGCAUUUGUAAUAAACGGCAUCAUUCACUCCUUCAUCCGAAGGGGAUUUCAACUACAACUGCUCAUGUAAGGAACGUAGAUCAAGCAGUUGCAGCAUCCUCUGAGGAAAUCGCUGAGAUAGAGACUGAGUCUGGUAGUUCAUCUAAUGAUAUUACAUCGCAAUCACCACAAGUAACUCUUUUUGCAAAAGGAAAGGUAAAGAAGCAAGUUCUCUUAGCUACAGCUUUGGUGAAAGCCGAGUCUAAAACAGGUCAAUCUCAAAUUUAUAGAGCUUUUAUAGAUCCAGGGUCUGAAUCCUCAUUCAUCACCGAGGCUACAGUACAAGGAUUAGGCCUAAAAAAGAUUCCCAUCAAGUCCACAAUAACAAUGUUAGAGGAAGCGACGGUAACGACAGGUUACAUGGUAUUACUGAAACUAAAAUCAUUGAUAAAUCCGGAUUUCAAUGUGCAGUUGAUGGCACACGUGUUACCAAAAAUUACAACGAAUCUUCCUGCACGCAAGGUAGACGCGUCGGAAUGGCCACAUUUACAGAAUUUAGUUCUAGCUGACCCUGGCUACGACACACCAAAUAAAAUUGAUAUUUUAUUGGGAGUAGUAGUAUAUGGCCAGAUACUGGAGGAGGGUGUAAAAAAGGGUCCUAUUGGAACUCCAAUAGCGCAGUGUACUAGUUUCGGAUGGAUAUUGUCUGGAGGUUCAGCAGAUCAUAACGAAAGGAAAACUGUAUUGCAUGCACAAGUGGACACGGACAACGAAAUAAUAAAAUGGUUUUGGGAGAUGGAAUAA